UGUGUUUUUAAUUCAAGCAAGUUGGUUAAAUUGGAGAGAAGGAAAAUGGAGAGGAGGUCUGUCUAGAAUUAUGGUGGGGAAAUUUCUCUGGUUUUUUGUAAAAACGGCGUCGUUUAUAUUUCCCUGGAAAAGCGCACUCUCUUGAGUUUUCUCUCAUUCUGGAAAAGGAUCAGGAGUGGAAGAGAUGUCGUUGGAAGCUAAAGCGCUAGGACACACUGGAGUUGCCGGAGCAAUUCCCCUCUCAUUCCGUCGCUCUAUCUCUUCAUUCCCACCUCGCUUGUUGUUCCGCAGUGCCUUUCCUCCCCAAGUCCAUCGCCCAUUCCAAACGCUGGCGGUUGUUAAGAGAAGUCCUAAACGCCUGAAAUACUCCUCUCCUCGCUUUACUAAGAAAGAUGGAUUGCUCUAUGUUCAAGUUGAUCAAUUGGGAUCCGACUCCUGGAAGUUAGAUCCAGUUGCCGAACUUCUUAAAGAAGGAGCUGUUGGAGUAAUUCCCACUGACACAGUAUAUGCAAUAGUUUGUGACCUGAGCUGUCAUUCAGCCAUUGAACGCCUUCGUAGAAUAAAAGAGAUAGAACCUUCUAAGCCCCUUAGUAUCAUAUGCCGAUCCUUCCAUGACAUAGAUACAUAUACAACUGGAUUUCCCCGUGGUAAUAGCCAAGGUCUUACAGACAUUUUUCGAGCAGUCAAGCACUGUCUUCCCGGUCCUUACACUUUCAUCUUAGCUGCUAGCAAACAGCUACCAAAACAAUGCACGAGAUACGGGACUGCAACUUCCAAAUAUGCUUCAAGGAAAAAUGUUGGUGUUCGUAUACCUGAUGAUUCUGUCUGUCAAGCAAUCUUAGAAAAGCUGGAUCGGCCUCUGAUAUCCACAAGCGUCAAGUCACCGAAGGAGAAUGAGUGGAUACUGGAUCCCGUCAUUAUAGCUGAUGUAUAUGGUCCGGAGGGACUUGAUUUUGUUGUUGAUGCGGGUGUUCGAGUGGCUUAUCCGUCUACUGUAGUUGAUAUGACUGAAAGUGCUCCUCGAAUUAUACGGCAGGGAAAGGGUCCUAAGCAGCCUUGGAUGAUAGCGGAAGACGAUGAUUCUGCCCUGGAUGAUUAGAAUCCAAAUACUGCCGCUGUUUAAGUAAGAAGUAUUGCUUAAAAUUUACACUUCCUCAAGCCCAGAGCUCUUGUACAGCACACAGAUACGAUGGUGAAUCCCUUGCCAGUCUUGAACGGAGGCCAUUAGUCUUCAUUAGCGUAGAUUGUUGUAAAUACUCAAUGUGGUAGAUCAAGAAUCACAUGUAAUGUGUUAUUUGUCUAAACGUUGAAAACAAUUUACCGAUCGCUCUCUGUUAUUCCCUGGUGAUUUCUAUUGAGUAAUUUCCUGCAAGUUCCUUAGCGAAAA